AUGCGGUCGACAUUCUUCUUGGCUGCUGCCUCUCUCGGCUCUGGCCUCGCUUAUGCACAAUGUCAAGUCUAUGGCAUUGACAUCCAAAGUGGCGGCACAUAUUUCGAAAACAGCGAGUUGACUGUGCCAUUUUCUCUGGUGCAAGAAUUCUCGGGUUGUGACAAUGAUACCGCCAACAACAUCCUCGUAGAUCCCAACGGCGAUCAAUACGAAUGCACAGAUACACCCUUGACUCCAGACUACACCCCAGAAACCGUGACCUGCAGCGACUGGCCCCAAGACAAACUCUACAGCGGCGAUUGGUCUCUAGUCGUCAUCUCCAACAACGGCGAUGCCGACCCCAUUGCUUACCAACGAGACUUUGCGCUUGACGUCGGUGUUCCCUCAACCACAACCAUUACUCCUACAGUCACA